AAAGCGUUCCUGGUCAGAAUGAAGCGAUCGAGGGUAGAUGGUGGCAGCAACAACGAGCACGAUGCGGAUGUCAAGACCAAGGAUGUCGAGACAGAUGGGAUCGGAAGCUUUGCCAAGGCAUCGGACGACGUCAUGCGUGAUCGACGGGUUGCAAAAGCUGUCGCUUCAUCCACACGCUUGUCAGAAUUGAAGCGCCACUCAUACGCUUUGAAUCAGAGCUUUUAUCAAGGCAUCAAGCUGCAGUCUUCGCAGAAUGGCAAAGGAUCGUGGCUCGAAAACAUGAAGGAGUACCUGUCAUACGCCCAGGAGAUCGACGGUCGAUACGGCGAUCACCGCGGUGUUCUAUUGACGUUCGGAAGCGGAGAUUGUGGCCAGCUCGGCCAUGGCGUCGAGGAAGAAGUCGACAUGUGCGUAAAAUUUCCUCGUCCGAUACAAGCCCUUUCCAUGCACCGCAUCGUUCGAGUGGCUUGUGGGGGUUUGCAUACGAUGGCGCUGACGCACGAAGGUUCCGUGUUCACGUGGGGCUGCAAUGACGACGGUGCUCUCGGUCGCGUCGGCGACGAAAAUCUGCCCGGUCCAGUCACGGGGUUCCCCGACAACACGACUAUCGUGAAUAUUGUCGGUGGCGAUUGCCAUACAGCAGCCGUGACUGCAGACGGGUCGGUAUUCACGUGGGGCUCGUACAAGGACAAAGAAGGCAAACUGUGGUGUGACGGCCCGACUCCCAAGGACACGUUCAAGAAGAAGCAGAUGACGCCGUAUUUGUUGCCUACACUGGCCAACGUCGUCGACAUCAAGUGCGGCAGCAGCCACAACCUCGCACGGUGCGCCGACGGGCACGUGUACUCGUGGGGCCUCGGCGAGAUGGGGAAUUUGGGUCGGCCCGUGGCUAUGGAGAUUCGCGAUGCCGACGGCGAGUACAACGUGUCGCUGGUGUUUAACGACCAUUUGACCCCCCAGUUGGUCAAGUUCAACGGGAAAUCAUUUGGGUGCAGAGCGCUCGGCGCUGGGUCGUAUCACUCGCUGUUUGUCGCGAACGAGUCGGGCGGUAUCUAUACGUGUGGGCUGAACAACUACGGCCAACUGGGUCUGGGCCACGAUGUGAACCAGACGGAACUGCAGCUCGUGGAGGCCCUGAGCUCCAAGAAUGGCCUGCUCGUCGAGGGAGGCACCCAUCACUCGGUUGUAUUGGUCAGUGACGGCACUAUUUACACCUUUGGCCGAGGAGACAGCGGCCAGCUGGGAACGCUGGACGACCCGUGUACUGGGGUUUUCAAAGACAGCCCACAAGAGAUUCAAGUACCUGGGGUCAAGGGGUUUCGAUCGAUUGCGUGCGGAUCGAACCACGCACUGGCUGUGUCGGAUCAAGACACGAUUUACUCGUGGGGAUACGGCGACAUGCUAGCGCUGGGUAACGGCGUCGAGAAGGACGAGCUCAAACCACGCCGCCUCGACUGGGCCAAAACUAAGUUUGGCGACGCGCGGAUCUUGCAAGUGUCUGCUGGCGGACAACACAGUGCUGUCGUGGCGGAAAAGGGCACCGCCAAAUAGAUCGAGUCGGGCAUGGAAUCGUUUGAAAAAUGGCCUUACUACGUUCGCUGGUCGACUUUGACUCCUUGUUCGCAUUGCUCCAGAUCGCAUCGAAGAGACGACUUGCACGUCAUGCAGCCAAGCCUUACGUCUUGCUCUGCACUCUCUCCACCCUGUCCGAUGCGAUCUCUCUGCCGGC